AUGAAACUGAACAACCAAACUCAGCUUUCAGAAUUUCUUCUCCUAGGAUUCUCAGAAGACCCAGCACUGCAGCCGAUUACAUUCGGGCUGUUCCUCUCCAUGUAUGUGAUCUGUGUCAUUGGGAACCUGCUCAUCAUUCUGGCCAUCCUCUCUGACCCACACCUUCACACGCCCAUGUACUUCUUCCUCGCCAACCUGUCUUUCUCUGACAUCUGCUUCACCACCACCACCAUCCCCAAGAUGCUGGUGAACAUUCAGACUCAGAGCCAAGUCAUAAGCUAUGCAGGCUGCCUCACACAGAUGUUCUUCUUCAUAAUCUUUUCAGCAUUAGAUGACUUUCUUCUGGGUGUGAUGGCUUAUGACCGGUUUGUGGCCAUCUGUCACCCCCUGCACUACACGGUCAUCAUGAAUCCCCAGCUCUGUGUGCAGCUCGUUUUAUUGUGUUGGGCCAUCACUGUCCUGUAUGGCUUGUUAAACAGCUUACUGGUGCUGAGACUGAGCUUCUGCAGCCACCCGGAAAUCCCUCACUUUUUCUGUGAGUUAAAUCAGGUGGUCCACAGAGCCUGUUCUGACACCUUUCUCAAUGACCUCAUAAUGUACUUUGCAGCUGUGCUUUUAGGAGGUGGUCCUCUGGCUGGGAUCCUGUACUCUUACUCUAAGAUCGCCUCCUCCAUCCGUGCCAUCUCGUCAACUCAGGGCAAGUAUAAAGCCUUUUCCACCUGUGCCUCUCAUCUCUUGACCAUCUCCCUAUUUUAUGGCACAAUAAUAGGUGUGUACCUCAGUGCCAGUGCUGCCCCAAGUUCAGCCUCAAUUGCAGCAGCCUCAGUGAUGUACACCGUGGUCACCCCCAUGCUGAACCCCUUCAUCUACAGCCUGAGGAACACAGACAUGAAGAGGGCUCUGAAAAGACUGCUCACUAAUGCCUCCUGGUUCUCUCAGGACUUCCUGCAGAGCCUCCACACAACAGGGCUGCAAGCUCUAGGAAGGAGCCAAGAGCCUGUGACAGGGCUAAAGCCACUGCCCAGACUGACAUAG